CAACUAAGCAGUGCGAGCUCAUCGCUCCUCAUCCCGACCAAGAUGAUCCUGGCAUUGAUCUGGAUCAUGGGGGUGGGAGUACCCGCCACUGCUCAGGCGUACAGCUCCAAGGACCUGUUGACUUGGAUGCAGUCCAGCAACUUCGGCUACCAGGUGCUCCAGCAGGCCUUGAAUGACAACCAAUCCUCCUCUGCUUCCGAGGCAUCUUGCCUGGCGGAGGUGCGCCUCCUGCUCAAGGGAGCAGAGGCCAAAUCCUUGCCUGCUCUUCGAGUUUUCGAUGCCUGGGGAAAGUUCCCGCAAGGACUGCUCUACGGACACUUUAUGGACAUGGGCAACUACGAAUCCUGCCUCAGCUUGGAUCUCAGCAAGAGUCUGGGCAAUGUCAUGACCACCAAUGCCGGAGCCAAGUAUUGCUUGAGUCGUAUGCAGUUCGAGAGUUUGCUCAUGGAAGCCGCCGGUGCAGAUGCACUCACCUUGAGUAUAGGAACCUGCAUACCCUCAUCCUGCAGUGCCGCCCAACUCAGUCGAUGGAUGUCUGGUCAUCUGAAGGAGAUGUUUGGGCAGAAUUCGACGGAAGCUACUCUGGUGCAGGAAAAGGACUGCACUUUGGCGCACAGAGAUCCGAUGAAUGGACUUGACUGGUUUGCUGUGUCAAUACUAAUCCUAUUAUGCACUGUCGUUUUGCUGGCUACAAUUUUGGACUAUAGCAGUGUUUCCAACAAGCUGCUGGGCUCCUUUUCCCUUCGCAAGAAUGUACCCCAGUUGCUUAAGACCUCGAGCACACCAUCGCCUCGAGUGAUUCCAUGUCUGAAUGGCAUUCGUUGUUUGACCAUCAUCUGGAUCAUACUUGGUCACGGCUACAUGUACCUCCUACUGGCGCCCACCAUUAAUUCCUACGAUAUCGUGGCCUGGGCUCAGACGCCCUUCUCCAUGAUCCUCCAGAGCGGCAGUACGUCUGUGGACACCUUCUUCCUGCUCAGUGGACUGCUUCUCGUGCUGUCCGCCCUGCGUGAGAUGGAUCGCUCCAAGGGUCGUCUCCAUGUGCCACUGAUGUAUCUGCACCGUCUGGUGCGUCUGACUCCCGUUUUGGCACUGGCCGUGCUCAUCUUUAUGACCCUUUUCCCCCGACUAGACAGUGGUCCUCUGUGGAAUCAGUUCACCAGCUCCUCGGAGCUCUGCAGCGACACCUGGUGGGCCACUCUGCUCUACGUCCAAAACUAUGCAGCUCCUGGCAGGAUGUGCUUGGGUCAUUCGUGGUAUCUGGCUGUGGAUAUGCAACUGUAUAUUAUAUCCCCACUUCUUCUGAUCGCUCUCUACAAAUGGGGAAAGAAGGCUAUCGCAGGAAUUGUCCUGCUGAUCCUUUUGCUGUCCGGCUGCGUCUUUGGUAUAGUUAUGCUGCGGGAUCUGAAAGUGUUUGAUCGCUACGGAAACCUUGGUGGUGACAGCACCGAGAUGCGCCUCAUCUACUACACCACCCAUGCCAGAGCCACUCCCUGGUUGAUUGGACUGCUUUUUGGCUACUUUCUGCACCACCAGAAUGUGCGGAAGACCCGCCUGUCCAAGUGGCUGGCUUUGGUGCUCUGGAUUCUGAGUCUUUCCAUGCUGGCCACUGUAAUCUUCGCCGUAUAUCCCUAUACCCAGAGUGGGGCAGGGGACAUUUCCGCACUGGCUGGAGCUUUCUAUCUGUGUUGCAGUCGGAUUGCCUGGCCUUUGGCCUUGUGCUGGAUAAUCUGGGCGUGCCAGAAUGGACUGGCCCCCAUUGUGAAUGAGUUUCUGAGCUGGUCCUUCUGGCAGCCACUUUCCAAGUUGUCCUACUGCCUGUACAUAUGGCAUCUGCUGGUGGAAACAGUUCAUAUAGCGCGAAUCAAAACGAGUCUGCACUUUUCGGACUACGACGCUAUUCUCCGCUUCUGGUCGGACUUUGGCAUUACCUUGUUCGCAUCCAUGUUCAUGCACCUUUGUGUUGAGGUGCCAUUGGGGCGUUUCGAGAUGGAACUCCUGAAAAGGUGCCAAAAGAAAGAGGACAAUCCAGAAAGUCCAAAGGUAGAGACCUCCACUGAACCAAAUGAAGUAAUUCCAGCGACUAGCAUUUCGCGCCAGAACUUAGUCGACCCCUAAACAAAGAUUUUACAAGUGUUAUGUACGUUUAACUCAA